AUGAAGCUGAUGAUCAAGACAAUGACGGGAAAGGACCUGGAUAUAGAUAUGGAAUUGGCUAUGUCGAUUAGAGAUCUGAAGGUUAGAAUAGAAGAGCUCGUGAUGAUCUCUCCAGAGCAGCAGAGGCUUGUUUGUAACGGGAGGAUUUUGAUGAAUGACGAUGUUAAGCUCACCGAUCUUGUGAGCUCUGAAAGAAUGGCGUAUUCAGAAAACGUGGUCCACAUGGUUUUGGCGCUGAGAGGGGGAUAG